AAAAGGUGUUUAGGGAUAUUCGGAAAAGCCCACGAAGAGAAGCAAGAUAAGGCAGCGGCAGCGAUGGGGAAGCCGUUCUUCUUCCUCAUCCUCCUCUGCUUCUUCCCCUCCCAUCCCGCCUCCGCUCAGCACUACAACGCCCUCUUCAACUUCGGUGACUCCCUCUCUGACACAGGCAACGUCGUCCUCGCAGGCCUCCCCUACGGCAUGACCUACUUCGGCCACCAUACCGGCCGCUGCUCCGACGGUCGCCUCGUCAUUGAUUUCAUAGCCGAAGGGAUCGGACUGCCGCACCUGCCGCCCAGCACCGCCAACAACACGAACUUUCACCGCGGCGCUAACUUCGCCUUCAUCGCCGCCCCGGCCUUGCCCUUCGACUUCUUCCACCAGCGCGGCCUCAGCCAUGGGCUCCAUGUGAAUGCCUCCAUCCACGAGCAGAUCGAUCAGUUCCAGAAGUUGCUCCCUUCCAUUUGCGGCUCUCCCCAAGAUUGCAAGGAUUUCUUGAGCAAAUCGCUUCUGGUCGUCGGCGAGUUCGGAGGUAACGACUACAACACCGGCCUCUUCGGCGGAUGGUCGAUCACUAAAGUGACCUCUUUCGUGCCCCAUGUCACGCGAGUUGUCGCCGACGGCAUCGAAAGAUUGAUCGGCCUCGGCGCGGUGGAUCUCAUCGUGCCUUCGGUGCUGCCAGUCGGCUGCUUCCCCCUCUACCUCACGCUCUCCGACUCCUCCGAUCCGGCCGAAUACGGCCCCCGUACUGGCUGCCUGAGGAAGUUCAAUGCCCUGGCUUGGUACCACAACGCCGAUCUCAGGCGGCAGCUCGACCAGCUUCGGAAGAAGUACCCGGCCGUCUCGAUCCGUUACGCCGACUUCUACGCCCAGAUCUUCGAUUUUGUCACCGAUCCUCUCAAAUACGGAUUUAAAGCUGGAGCCCUGAGGACCUGCUGUGGAGCUCCCGGAAUGAGUAAAUACAACUUCAAUCUGGAAGCCAAGUGCGACCAAAAUGGCUCGACCGUGUGCUCCGACAUCUCGGCCCAUGUGAGCUGGGACGGGAUCCACAUGACGGAGACCGCGCACCGCAUCAUCGCCCGAGGGUGGCUCAGUGGCCCCUACGUCAACCCUCCAAUUUUGAGCUCCCCUGCCAGCUAAAUCAAUGAACAUGAUUCUUCGAUAGGAUUGAGUCUUGUGCUUUACUUGGCUCGAUCAAUUACUUAGUUGGAGUGAUACUUGUGAUGGUUUCUGAUACUGCCAUAGGUGGUCUAGUCCAUUCGACAUAGAGAUCUCUACGAAAGACUAAAUAGGUUUUCAUCCUCAUCCAGUCUUAUGAGAGAAACUUGUGAUGCCGAUUUCACUGUACGCAUAUACUUACGAUGAUUCUUUAUUGUCUUAGCCUUCAACAACGAUUCUUCCAGACAAGAGGAGUUAGAGUUGACUACUCUACUUCGUCUUCAACCUCAUUAUGAUUAGAAUUUGGAAGGAGCGUGUUGUAUCUUUGAGAGCAUGAAAUAAAAUAAAUUAAAGUGGUAACUAUUCACAAUGA